AUGGACUACGAAAAGAUGGGGCCUUUAUUGGAUAGAGGAAUAUCACCAUCGCAUAAAGGUACACCCAGUAGCCAGGAAUACCGAGAAAAAUUCCAGGAUUUGUACACUCGGUUUCUGAACCAAAGUAGUAGCGAUGACGCCAGCAGCGAAGAUGAAAGUGCCGAGCAACGGGGAUCUCAAGCUCAACAAAAGGACUCUCAGCUACAAUUGCUGCAACACAAAGAAAUAAAGGAACAACCGCCGCAUCCGAAGCAGUGGAAACGAGAAGGGCGUCACGCUACGGGCGGCGAAAACCCAGAUUUGUCCCGCCAGCUUCAUGAUCUGAUCUCUAGCAACUCGGAGCUGGGCUCCAGACUGUUGUCGCUGCUCCUGGUGAGCAGUGGCAAUGCCAAAGACAUCAUAUGUGCGGUCAACAAGGGCGAUCUCGAAGGGCUCAAGAAACUGGACUUGCAGGCGGCCUCCCAGCUGCCCACCGGUAGUGGUGGCACGUCAGAUAUUCGUGCUACUCAACGUCGAUACACAGAGCAGGAACUUAACGAAUUUAAGAAAGUGGAACUCGAGAAAAGACGCAAGAACACAGAGGCCUCGGCGCGGUUCAGAGUGCGCAAGAAACAACAACAGCGUGAAAAGGCAGAACGACUCAAGCAGCUCAAUAGCCAGAUCUCAGAACUGUAUUCGACGAUCGACAACUUACUGGACGAAAAUAGGUUUUGGAAGAUUAAGCUGGAGGAGGUGAACGAACGCAAGUCCCGCGAAAUGCUCGACAGUAUCAAAAGACGCCGACUGAAGGAAGAGGGCGACACUGCGACGGCCUAA